AGCCAUGCACAGGCUGUGAGGAAAAGGGAGAUGCCUUCAUGGAUAAGAUUUUCUAAGGAAACUGGCUCCCAAUGAAGUCAACAUGUGGACAAACACAAAUAUCUACAGCCAUCUUUUUUCCCCCUCUGUCUACAUCUCUUUCUGUUUUCCACAAACUCGGGAACCAGAGAGAGGGAUCAGCGAUCCCUGAGGAGAGGAUUGUACUCAGAGCUGUGGAAUUAAAUGGCUUUGAUGCUGCAUGCAACUCUCUCUCUCUCUCUCCCUCUCUCUCUCUCUCUCUCUCUCUCUCCCUCAUAACUAACUGCACAUUUAACUCAGGAGCAGAGGGAUGCUGCCUCUUUAUAAAAGUAUAUUUGCCCUGAGGAUGUCAACUGUCAAGUGUCAGGUCUGUUUUUGUGUUUCUAAGUGUUUGUGUGUGAUUUCAUUUUCAUUGCUGUUUGUUACUGAUACUAGUAGUGUUAAAUUUAUUUCCAAAGGAAUUUUGCUUGCUUGGGUGCUUGCUUGGUAAGGAUAAAGUUUUAUUGAGAAUUUUAUUAAGAAUUAAAAACACUAAUCUUCCACCACGAUAGCUGUACUGAGCAUUUGGACUUGAUUCCAUUAUGGAGAUAGAAGGAGGGCCAGGUCUAAAUGUGCAGAAAAUGGGAAUCGUGAAGCAACCAGACCCCGUCAAACCACCACCAAACAACACAGAGGAAGAGGAUCUGGAUAGAAAAGACAUGCAGAAGGAGGCACUGAACAGGCGCAAUGCUUGGGAGCAAAGUUUCUUCUACUCCCUUGGCAACGAGACCUUUUUCUUCAGCGGGCAGGAGAUCAGCAUCCGAGAAUCGCUCGACUCUUUUGGCGCAGUCAUCUGGCCAGGCGCUGUGGCUCUCUGUCGGUAUUUGGAGAAGAACCGGGAAAAGGUUGAUCUGCUGGAUAAAGCAGUGCUGGAACUUGGAGCGGGAACAGGACUGGUGUCCAUAGUGGCAAGUUUACUGGGUGCCUGGGUCACGGCCACAGAUCUGCCCGAUGUCUUGUCAAAUCUGAACUUUAACCUUUUGCGCAACACACGGGGCCGCUGCAGGUACACGCCUCAGGUGGCGGCUCUGACCUGGGGUAAGGAUGUGAAACGUAACUUCCCCAGCUCCGUCUACCAUUACAACUAUGUGCUGUGUGCAGACGUGGUCUAUCAUCACAACUUUCUGGAAGAUCUACUGACCACCAUACAGUACUUCUGCAAGCCAGGAACCACAGUACUGUUGGCAAAUAAGGUGAGGUUCCAGUCUGACCUGCGUUUUAUUGAAAGCUUCAAAAAAGUUUUUAACGUCACAUUGCUGGAAGAGAUCCCACAAGAGGAGGUAAGGAUCUACCAGGCCACUGCAAGAAAGUGAUCCCAAAUGAGAGAGGAGAAGGAGAAGAGAGAAAACCAACAAACAUGAUGUGAAUAGCAAGAAAUGUGUAAGACAUGGGUGAUUAUACAUUAAAUAAAUGAGGCAAGCAGCCCCAAUAUUGAAUGGAAGGUGCUCCACCUGUUGGCCAUCUGAGAAGUUACAAUGAUUGACGACUGAAUGCUACAAUUCAUGACAAUAAUGCAAAAACAAAAAAAAACAAAACAGGAUCUCAAAAAAGGGGAUGAAAAAGUGGAUACAUGUAUUAUUUUGUUCAUGGAAGGCUCCUUUUCACUUCAGAUAAAAAAUAUAUAUAUUUUUUUUUUUAACUAAUGCAAUCUCCUACUAAGAUGGUCAUGUCAUAAUGCAACCAUUUCUCACAAUUUUCUUCUACUUUUAAUUGAUUUUUCACUGUAAUCUGUUGUAUUUAUUUGUCCAAGUUGGAAACAGGCUUCCACAGAAAACACUUUUUUUUUUUUUUAAUGUCUAAAAACAAACAAAAAGACUGAAGACUGUUAUUGCUGCGGUUUUGUUCCCAUAUGUAUUAUGCAAGCCACCAUUUAUACUGUCAUUGUUAUUAUUAAAAUACUUUUUGCAACAUGGUGCAAAAUGCUAAUCUCCUUCCUAAACCUACACUACCUUCAAAAGUUUGUGAUAAGGGUUUUUUUUUUAAUUGAAAGAAAGAAAUGAAUAUCUUUAUUUAUGUUACAAAAGAUUUCUAUUUCAAAUAAAUGCUGUUCUCUUAAACUUUCUAUUCAAAGAGUCCUGAAAGAAGUAUCAUGGUUUACCCCAAAAUAUUAAUCAGCACAACUGUUUCAACAUUGCAAAUAAUGAUAAAUGUUUCUUGAGCACCAAAACAUCACAUUAGAACAAUUUCUGAAGGAUCAUGUGACACUGAAGACUGAAGUUGAAAAUUCAGCUUUGCCAUUACAAGAAUAAACUACAUUUUAAAAUAUAUUAAAAUAGAUAAUUUUAAAUUGUAAUAUUUCACAAUAUUACUGUUUUUACUGUAUUUUUGAUCUAACAAAUGCAACCUUGGUGAGCAUAAGAGACUUAUUUCAAAAAAUUUUACAGACCCUAAACUUGAACAUCAGUGUGUAUGACCAGAUGUAAUAAAUAAUUUUAACAAAAUAGAUUCAUCCUCAAAGAAUGAGUGAGAGGGAAAAAAAAAAAAAAAAAAAAAAGACAUGCUAACAUUAGGCUAGUCUAAACAGUUACCAAGCCCAAAUGGUUUCUCUAAAAUCUUUGAAACAGACAAGCUCAUGCAGAUGUCAUUCAGAGAAUAAGAUGACUUGUUUACAGCCUUUGCAAACAGCUUAAUAAAGAAAGAAAUGAGAGGAAGGAGAGUCCUGAAGGGGGUUUGACUCUGGAUCGCACAGGGACCCUUCUGUCAUACAGUUAACAUCAAUAGCUUUGUGGUGUGGCAAGUGAAUGCUAAAAGUACAAAUAUUCUCAAAUAAAAAACAAAACAAACAAACAAACAAAAAAAAAAAAAAGUACAAAUACUAUGAGGUCAUAUAAACAGCAAAGAAUUAGAAAAUGUUAUGCCAUGUCAACUUCCUGAAUGCAAAUCUAGUCACACUAGGCACAUAUAUAAAAUAAAGUUUAUUGAAAUUAGUAGUAUUACAUUAGUGUCGCAAAUAAACACGAGUUUGAAUUCUUAAAACAUUCUUUAUAUUUAAAUUUGAAACUUAUAUUAGAUUACAGAAAAAAGUUACUUUGAGGAGUCAGUACAAGGAUUCCGUUUUUUUUUUUUUUUUUUUUUUUAAAGGAAAUUUUCAAAGGGAAGUC